GCUCCGGGGCUGAACUUGAGGAGCCAGUCUGGGGCCUAGGCGCAGACGCAUUGAGCUUAAGCAGCCGGUGAUGGCGGCAGCAGCCGUGGAGUCUGCGGCGGGUCCGGGCCCAUGAGGCGACGACGGAGGCGGGACGGCUUUUACCCAGCGCCUGACUUCCGACACAAGGAAGCUGAGGACAUGGCAGGAGUGUUUGACAUAGACCUGGACCAGCCAGAGGAUGCAGGCUCUGAAGAUGAGCUGGAGGAGGGGGGUCAGUUAAAUGAAAGCAUGGACCAUGGGGGAGUUGGACCAUAUGAACUUGGCAUGGAACAUUGUGAGAAAUUUGAAAUCUCAGAAACUAGUGUGAACAGAGGGCCAGAAAAAAUCCGACCAGAAUGUUUUGAGCUACUUCGGGUACUUGGUAAAGGGGGCUAUGGAAAGGUUUUUCAAGUACGAAAAGUAACAGGAGCAAAUACUGGGAAGAUAUUUGCCAUGAAGGUGCUUAAGAAGGCAAUGAUAGUAAGAAAUGCUAAAGAUACAGCUCAUACAAAAGCAGAGCGGAAUAUUCUGGAGGAAGUAAAGCAUCCUUUCAUUGUGGAUUUAAUUUAUGCCUUUCAGACCGGUGGAAAACUCUACCUCAUCCUUGAGUAUCUCAGUGGAGGAGAACUAUUUAUGCAGUUAGAAAGAGAGGGAAUAUUCAUGGAAGACACAGCUUGGCCUUGGGUGGACCGCUCUUCACUGCAGAAUUUCCUUGAAUUGACUUUCCAGUUCCCAAGCUUUUACUUGGCUGAAAUCUCCAUGGCUUUGGGGCAUUUACAUCAAAAAGGGAUCAUCUACCGAGACCUGAAGCCGGAGAACAUCAUGCUUAAUCACCAAGGUCACGUGAAACUAACAGACUUUGGACUAUGCAAAGAAUCUAUUCAUGAUGGGACAGUCACACACACAUUUUGUGGGACAAUAGAAUACAUGGCCCCUGAAAUCUUGAUGAGAAGCGGCCACAACCGUGCUGUGGAUUGGUGGAGUUUGGGAGCAUUAAUGUAUGACAUGCUGACUGGAGCACCUCCAUUCACUGGGGAGAAUAGAAAGAAAACAAUUGACAAAAUCCUUAAAUGUAAACUUAAUUUGCCUCCCUACCUCACACAAGAAGCUCGAGAUCUGCUUAAAAAGCUGCUGAAAAGAAACGCUGCUUCUCGCCUUGGAGCUGGCCCUGGGGAUGCUGGAGAAGUCCAGGCUCAUCCAUUUUUCAGACACAUUAACUGGGAAGAACUUCUGGCUCGGAAGGUGGAGCCUCCCUUUAAGCCUCUAUUGCAAUCUGAAGAGGAUGUGAGUCAGUUUGAUUCAAAGUUUACACGUCAGACACCUGUUGACAGCCCCGAUGACUCAACUCUCAGUGAAAGUGCCAACCAGGUCUUUCUGGGUUUUACAUAUGUGGCUCCAUCUGUACUUGAAAGUGUGAAAGAAAAGUUUUCUUUUGAACCAAAAAUCCGAUCGCCUCGAAGAUUUAUUGGUAGCCCACGAACGCCUGUCAGCCCAGUCAAAUUCUCUCCUGGGGAUUUCUGGGGACGAGGUGCUUCAGCCAGCACAGCAAACCCUCAGACCCCUGUGGAAUACCCAAUGGAAGCAAGUGGAAUAGAGCAGAUGGACGUGACAGUGAGCGGAGAGGCAUCAGCGCCACUUCCAAUCCGACAGCCCAACUCUGGGCCAUACAAAAAACAAGCGUUUCCUAUGAUCUCCAAACGGCCAGAGCACCUGCGGAUGAAUCUAUGAUGAAACAAUGCUUUUAUUAAUGCAAAUGCAAAAAAGGAAACAAAGGAAGGGCACGUGUGAGCAUCCUUCGAGAUAAAGACAAGAAUCAAAAUGGCAGUCUCAAAGAGUCAGUGUCAUUACUUGGAAUGCUUUCAAUGGAGGAAAAAUAAACAUGGAUUUUUAAAAAAUCAAUCAAUGGUGCAAAAAAAAAAAAAAACC